ACUCGGUCCGAGAUGGCGGAUCUCCACCGCCAACUGCAGGACUACCUGAUGCAGGGUAAAGCGAGCAGGUUGGCAGCCGCGGAGCCGCUGCUCGGCGCGAGGACAGCAGAGGAGCCUGCGGCCGGGGACAGAGCUGCCGGGGCAUGGCUAGGCAGCACGGCUUUGCGAUGGCCAUGGGCACGGAGCCCUGCCGAGCUGCCGCCCGCGGGCUCGACGUGCAUCCCAAGCGUGACGCGAGGGCAGCGCCUGGUGGCGGGCGGCCUGUGCCUGCUGCUGGCCGCGCUCUGUUUCGGCCUGGCGGCGCUCUACGCGCCGGUACUGCUGCUGCGCGCGCGCAAGUUCGCGCUCCUCUGGUCGCUGGGCUCCGUGCUGGCGCUGGCGAGCGCGGCGCUACUGCGGGGCGGCCCGGCCUGUGGGCGCCUGCUGCGCUGCGAGGAGACGCCUUCGCGGAGCGCGAUGUGCUACGCAGCCGCCUUGGGCGCCACGCUCUACGCCGCGCUGGUCCUGCGCAGUACGGCGCUGACGGCGCUGGGCGCCUGCGCACAGGUAGCCGCGCUGCUCUAUGCGUUGGUAGGGCUCCUGCCCUGGGGCGGCGUGACAGCGCUGCGCCUGGCGCUUGGUCGCCUAAAUCGCGGGACCGGUCUGACCAACGCGCUCCCGGUGUGACAGUCCUAGUCUCGAGAAAGAGAAAACAGCCAGGCUAGGAACACUCCACGGUACCCAGGCGAACAAGGACAAAGCACCGACUUGAUUGCGCGGCGGAGUCCGUGCGCCUGAAGCAGCUGUCAAGAACUGAUGCACGGCGGUUCAAGAUCCUUUGGCUUCAGUGAUCUGCCGUUCUGGGUCGCAUGGGCCACAAAAAUACGUGAUUUUACGGUGCUCUGGAGAUCACUAUCAUGAACUGCUUUCGCACUAAACUGGCUUUACACGGACGUCAGUUUUAGCGAGGAAAAGAGAAACGAAUAGCUUUCUGACUUGGCUGCUUUUGAAAGAACUACAUUCUGCCUUUUGUCAUUUAAAGAAAUGCAGGAGUAUGUUUGGUUGAACAGAAGGUUUCAGUUCUGCUGCAGCUUUUCAAAGCCUCCUUAUUCCUAUUCACUGUAAAGCAAUCCAGAUUAUCAGAUUAAACAGUAAAUUUAACCACUGGA